CUUCCCCGACUGUAGGAGCAGCAGCCAGGAGGAGGAGGAGGAGGGCAGCAGCUGGCCUUCCCUCUCUCUUCCUGCCCGGGUUGCUGCCCCUGCUGCCCGCAGGAAGGGCCGGGAGAGCGCGCUGCUUCAAGUAAGCCAGGUGCAGCUUAGCAAUAUCGGGAAGGUCACACAUUCCCUGCUCUUGCUCUAGCCAGGUGUUUGAAGCAGCCAGUGGAACAGAUGGACUUAUGAAGAAGCACUCUUAAACUGAUGGACAGGAAAUUCUGGGAAGUAAGAAAGUCCAGCCUACUCAGCUUUGGAGGCAUCCCUGUAAACAUUAAAGCAGUUUGAUAACCAUGGAAAAAUACAGUGUGCUAAAGAUACUUGGAGAAGGAUCAUAUGGGAGAGUUCUUUUGGUCCAUCAUAGAAACAGAGGUCAGAAAUAUGCAAUGAAAGAAAUAAGACUUCCAAAGUCUAUCCAUGAUGCAGAGAAGUCCUGGAAUGAAUCCAUUCUUUUAGCUAAAAUGAAACAUCCAAAUAUUGUCACAUUUACUGAAUCAUUUGAAGAUGAUGGACAUCUGUAUAUUGUGAUGGAAUACUGUGAUGAUGGAGAUCUGAUGCAAAAGAUUAAACUUCAGAAGGGAAAGUUGUUUCUGGAAGAUACAAUACUAGAUUGGUUUACACAGAUGUGCCUCGGUGUAAAAUACAUUCAUGACAAACGUGUAUUGCACAGAGACAUCAAAUCCAAGAACGUAUUUCUCACACAACAUGGAAAAGUAAAAUUGGGAGACUUUGGAUCAGCGCUUCUUCUCACUAGCCCAAUGGCGUAUGCUUGUUCCUACAUGGGAACUCCUUAUUACGUGCCUCCAGAAAUAUGGGAGAACAUGCCCUACAACAAUAAAAGUGAUAUAUGGUCUCUGGGUUGCAUUUUAUAUGAACUAUGCACUCUUAAACAUCCAUUCCAGUCCAAUAGCUGGAAGAAUCUUAUACUUAAGAUAUGUAAAGGAUAUUACAGUCCACUUCCAUCACAUUAUACGUAUGAACUUCAGUAUUUGAUAAAGCAAAUGUUCAGGAAAGAUCCCAAGAACCGUCCGUCUGCUAGCACAAUUCUUGCCGGAAAUUGUUUGGCAAAGCGUAUGAUACGUUUUUCUUCAGAAGAGGAGGAAGGAAAAUACAUCAGGAAUGAGAGUAGCUAUCCAGAAGCACUAGCUGUUUCCAAGAGUUCCUGUGAAGUGGGAUCAGUGAAAACAGCUGUGGAUAAAAAAGGAGCUGAUUUACGAAAGCCACAGAGACGACAGUGGGAAACAGGAAGAUCCACUACACUGAUGAACAUCUUGGAAAAUGCACCUUUACUUUCUUCUAGUAUUACAACCAAGGAAGAAACAAGCAAUUCUGACUCUGAUGAUUGCAAGAUCCGCAGGUCGGCAGUUCGAAGCCCAAGUUCUGUCCCAUCACUUCAGUGGGAAGGUGGCUGUGAGAGAAAAUAUGAUGAAAACAUUGUGCGUAAGCAGUGGUCUAAGGAACCUCCUGAAACUUUGCUGAACAUUCUCCACAAUGCUGAUAUUAGUUUAGCUUUUAAAACAUACACAAUCUACAAAGCAGCUUCAGAUGACCUACUGAAAGGACCACUUACUGAAGACACAGAAGCAUCUGAUGAGCCAGAUGGGGACAUAAUUAUGGAGGAUACAGAGAGACUUGAACCUAGAUCAGAUGAUGAAGACACGGAUUUUGAAGCAGAAGAUGAUCCAGACUGGGUUGCUGAACUGAAAAGGAUGACCAAAAUGAAAUGACUGAAUAACUGAACAAUUGAACUUUUUUAAAAAAAGUACUGUUGGUUAAUCUGUAGUUGAUG